AUGACCAUCACGCCAGUGACAACCAAGAUCGUCCAGGUACCCCACCUCGGGGGCAUUGAAGCAAGCACGUAUAUGCCAGCUCCCUACGAUGCCUCCAAACCCACUCUCGUACUCUGCAACUCCUUCGGUACAGGCGCAGACCUCUACAGACACCAAUACCAGAAUGCCGAACUCAAGAACCUGGUGAAUUUACUAGCAAUUGAAUUGCUAGGUCAUGGACAGACCAGAGCAAAGGUCGAAAAUUUCACAUACUGGGACAGUGCAGUCAUGAAUCUGCAAGUUCUGGACAAGCUCGAGAUCAAGGGCAAGGUCUUUGUAUUGGGCACUAGUCAGGGUGGCUGGCAGACGGUGAGAAUGGCAUUGCUAGCACCCGAAAAAAUUGCGGGUAUCAUCCCUCUGGGGACCUCGAUGGACACAGAAAACGAACGCACAAUCAAACUCGGCUGCUGGGAUGCAAAGCAAAACCUCACCGGGACGAUUGAUGGCUGGACAAGUAAUGGAAGCACACCAGACUUCGAACCUCCGGAGGAAUUCUGCCAUUUCAUGAACGCAUCAGGCUUCGGCAAGGAUAUUCCGACCGAAGAUGGAGAGUUCUGGGUCAAGGCUAUUCAGAAGAACUGGGGUGGUGAUGACGGCCGCAGACGUGCCAGGAUGUGUGCAAUUAAUCUGCGGGACAGAGAUGGGUUGCACGGCAGAUUGUUCGACAUUCGCAUCCCGGUACUGUGGUUGCAUGGUGACGAGGAUGUGGUGUAUAGUGUGGCCAAUGCUGAGGAGGAGAUCAAGCUCUUCAUCAACAGUCCUGACGCAAAGCUGCAGGUUAUCAAGGGUGGGCCUCAUUACCUGAACUACACCAAGGCUGAAGAGGUGGACGCUGCGGUUGUUGGUUUCUUGAACAAGUACGUCAAACACGCCAAGUUGUAA